AUGAGUCAACCAUCACAACAGUUCCCUCCGUGGCUCUCCCCUUCGCCAGUGAUCGUGACAGACGCAGCAGGCGUGCCAAUCGCCACGAACACCGUCAUUGAGUAUAUCCCGCCUACCUAUCUCGGGCCUAGCAUCCCACUUGGCUCGUUGUACGUGUUUGGAGGGUCGACGGAGCCUGCGACGAUCAUUCUUCCUGGCGCUGCUACUGCUACUGCUACGGGAACGGGAACGACGACCGCUGCGAUACCUCCUGCUACUACUACUAACGCUUCUAUUACGACUGUGACUGAUACUACUGCGACACCCUCUUCUUCUUCUGUAUCUGCGAUAACCUCUUCUGUUUCUGUUUCUGUUUCUGUAACGCUAUCUUCAUCGACAUCGACAUCCGCUGCGACACCUGCUUCAUCUACAUCCGCUUCAUCUACUUCAAUUUUAUCAUCUGCAUCAUCUGUAACAUCACUAACAUCAUCAUCAUCAUCUUCUUCUUCUUCUUCUUCAUCCUCCUCCUCCUCCUCCUCAACACCACCACUCACAACAACAGACACAUUCUCCACCCCCUCCGCACCAACCACAACCAUAUCCGCACCCCCCGCGCCCCUCGGCUCAUCCCACCUCUCGCGCGGCCAGCUAGUAGGCAUCAUCGUCGCCUCCAUCCUAGGCCUCAUCUUCCUCUUUGUCCUUGCGCUAUUCCUGUUCCUGUGUCUUAAAGGACGGCGCAAUCGCAGGCGGAAUGGUACUUCGCCUGGUGGAGGGGGAGGGAGGGGAGGGUUUAUGGAGUUGGGACAGGAUGAUUAUUUUGUUGUUCCUAGUGGUGGUGGUUCUGGGAGUGGGGGAGGGGGAGGGGGGAGAGUGCCGGGUGAAGGGAGUCCCAGGCAUAGUGGUGAAGAAGCCGAUCCGUUCUUGACGAGGAGUAGCCGCGGGAGUGGCGGUCGUGCGAGUGCGAGUAGGGGACGGAGUCCGACGUCUCCCCGCUCGCCUUCGUCGCCGCUCGCCAAUACGCCUUGGACUGCUGCUGCUGUCGGUUCUUCUUCUUCUUCUUCUGCUGCCGCUGGUGCUGGUGCUGGUGCUGCUGCUGGAGGGGUGAUGACACAGCGCCCCAGCGCACCCGUAUCCACAUCCCGCACCCACUCCAACUCCCAUUCAAACCGUGUCCCUCCACCUCCUGUACCCGCCGCACUCGCACCCGCACCCGCAUUGGCGGGAACGAACAAUUCGAAUUCGUCUGGAUCGACUAAUUCGAAUGCGUCGGGGUUUGGGGAGUUGCUUGAUCGGCCUUCGUUGGGGUAUUUGCCUAUUGCUAUGGGCAUCGGUAUGGGGGUUGAGGCGGCACAUGAUAAUACUGGUACCACGUCAACACACGGAGGAGGAGGAGGAGGAGGAGGAGGGAGGACGCGGCUGACGAAUGAGGAUAUGGAUAGGAUUGGGAGGGAGAGUGUGUUGCCCGAGGGCGCGGACCAGUUUGUGGUUGCUGGCUCUGGUCCCGCUCGCGGUUCUGCUCCAAGCCCCGUCCAAGGGGAGGGCGAGGGGUAUACAUACGAAGGCCCGUACGCUUAUUCUCCUGAUCCAACCGGCGACGAUAUGGAUGUGGAUGCUGCGGUGAAUGCGCCUCCGCGCCUCGUUGGAUCGGCGGGGUCGAGGGGGGCGUAUACGCCUGUUGGUAUAGCCCACACUUCCCCGCACGUCUCUGGUAUACCGGGGUUGAAGACGAAGGGGUCGAAUAAGAGUUCGCUUGGUCCGGACCACGAGCACGAGCAUGAACAGGAGGCUGAGGCGGCGAUGUUGCUCACUGCGCGUCGUGUAAAGGUUGAAGAUUUAGGACCGAGGUCUGUGUCUAUCUCGCAGGGUCAAUAUCAAUCUCCUUCUGCUGCUGCUGCUGCUGUGCGAGAUGAGGAGUACGGGCAGGGGUAUACCUAUUCUUAUGCUGAUGAGAAGGACGAAGGGGUGGGGGAAGGAGAGGGAGAGGGAGAGGGAGGUGUGAGAGCGCGCCCGAGCUCGGGGCAGAGGUUUUUAGGCGCCCUUGGACUCGGUGGACUAGGCGGGAUUGGGGCGAGGUGGUUUAAUAGGAGCUUUGAUUCUGGUCGUCCUUCUGCUUCUGCUGGUUCUCCCUCUGCUGCUUCCCCUCCAUCACCCCCCGCGACUGGCUAUCUUGACGUUGAUCCAGCUGCGCCAGCAGCAGGAUCAGGAUCAGGAUCGCAUCGGAGACGAUCGUUCCUUCAUCCGAUACAUGGAGAGAAGGAGCAGGAUUUUAGGGUUGAGCCGUUUUUGGGAAGGGAGGGGUUGCAUCCGCCUUCGUCUUAUCCUUAUCCGCAUGCGAGACAGAGGGAGGUUGACAGUUUCGGAGCGAGGCCUGUCUCUGCUGCGAGCGCUGUAAGCGGUCUUUCCGUCGGCGGGAAGAGCGUAGGAGAAAAAAGUGUUGGUGGGAAGAGCGGGACGGGUACGGCGACUAGUACGGGCGCGUCGGUGUAUCAUGAUGCGUUGAGCUCUGUGCCUGCUACGCCUUUGAUUUCUCCCGGUACUAUGAUUUCUUCUGGGGGGGUUAUGGAGCCGCCGCCGGUUUAUUCUGAUCCGUAUGCGCCUUCUGGGUACGUGGCGUCAGCGCAGGAGGGGUAUGGGCAGGGGCAGGGACAGGGACAAGGAUAUGGGCAAGGACAGAGAAGAGCGCAAACGCCGCCUAAUAUGGAUCCAUCGUCAACAGGGCCAUCGACUGAUGUGGAUGUGGAUGUGUUGGAUUUGCCUGUUCCUGCUAGUACAUUCAGUCUGAGCCACAGCGUCAAGGAUGGCUACGCGCCGACGCCGACGGGGAGCACGUUUAGUGACGGGUCGAAGUUGCCUUCGCCCAUGUUUCCUCCUCCUGGAUUAGGAUUAGGGCUGGGAUUACAAGGGAUGGGAAAAGGGUUUGACGAGUCGGUUAGUACGAUCCGGGCUGUGCCGUCUUCUUCGUCUGUCUCUGUCUCCGCUGCUGUGGGCGCACAUGCGUUGGACCAUACAUACUCCUCUCCCUCUCUCUAUCCGUAUCCCUCUUCUUAUCCGUACUCCGCCUCGAGAUCGAGAUCGACAUCAUAUGGAGGGGACAGUAGCCCUAACGUGGAUAUACUGGAGGAUGAACCGCCGAGUGCGGAAGUUGGGUGGAGGAGUAUCGCGCAGGGACAGGGCCAAGGUCAGGGCGGGAGUGGGAGUGGGAGGAGUACUGAGAGGGCCGAGGUGGGAAGGAGGGGGACGUUUGGAUUGCUCGUCCCACCACCAGGCAACGCACCAUUCCAUGCAUCCGAACACGGGUCCUUACACUCUAUGCGCUCGCACUUCACAUCUUCCACCCACGGGUCCGGGUCUGCAUCAAGUAAAAGGAGCGCAAGCGGGUCCUCGCCUGCUUCUCUCUCCUCCGCGUCCGCGUCGGCGUCGGGAUCGAGUAGGGUAUCGUUUGUGUCCCGCCUUUCUGGUAUAUCCGCACCUGGAUCUGGAGCGGCGGCUGUGCAGAGCGGACUGGUGAGAACAUCCAGUAUUUCCGAAGACGAACAGCGUCGUGGGAGUGGGGGACGGGGAAUGGGAUUGAGGCAGCAGAUUGGACAGCCGAUUGGGGGUGGCGUUGGGUAUGGACAUGUUCUUCGCUACGGCGCUGGUGCUGGAGGGUCAUCUGGUGCUUUAUCCGGUUCGGGGAUAGCAUUAGGACAGGCACAUGCGCAGGCACAGGCACUGGGACACGCGCGCGAGCUAUCGUCCUCUGAUUCGAGUUCAGCUCCACCUUCGGUGUCGAUGUUCCCUUCCCCUCCCGCCUCGGCUUCAACUUCAGCGGGUGCGGGGGCGGCGGCGGGGGCGGCGGUGACGAUUGGAACGCCGCCUUCUGCGUAUAUGCGGUUGAGUCCUCCGGGGCUUAAAGGUGCCAAUGUGCCUCUGAAGGCUAUGGGAUCCGGGUCCGAAACUGAGAGACAGAGGGAGAGGGAGAGUGUGUUGACGAUGGAUACAAAUUUGGAUGCGCCGUGGGUUGGAGGGCUGGCGAGUGAUUGGCAGGCGGCUGUGUAG